CUUUGUAUUGCAGUUGCAGUUUGCUUCAGUCUGUUGGUUAUUUAUUGUUGUUAUUAUCCGAUAGUUUUCUUUUGAGCCCCAAUAAAUAAUUAAAUUAGCCAUGGCUGGCCAAGGGCAUCAGUUCCCUGGCAAUUUCCAAGCGAAUGCUGCUGGUAUGCGUUCUGGAUUCGGUGCCGGACCCAUGACUGGACAAAUGCAGGCUAUGCCGAAUCAAUUAGCAGGAGUAAUGGGCGGGCCCAUGGCUAACUCUGGUGGUAUGGUGGGUAUGGGUAAUCAAAUGGUACCAUCCUAUGGAGCUACCAUGCAGAACCAGAUGGGAAACAUGGGUAUGGGACCUCAGGGUAUGGGAGUAGGAGUCAAUGCAGGGCCUGGUACCGGUAUGGUUCCUCAACAAGUUCAACAGUCAGGCAUGCAGACUGGCGGUCCAGUGUCAAACAACACAGCACCUCCUCCAGCUCAGCCACCGGCUGCACAGCCACCACAGAACAAGGAGUUCAACACUGCAUCAUUGUGCAAAUUUGGGCAGGAGACAGUGCAAGAUAUUGUGAGCAGAACACAGGAUGUUUUCCAGACUUUGAAAGCAAUUCAGCCACCAAAUGGUACACAUAGUGGUGAAAAUACAAGUAAUGAGAAGAAAGCGAAAAUGCAGGAACAGCUGCGCACAAUCAGACUCCUGUUCAAGAGGCUUCGACUUAUAUACGAGAAAUGUAAUGAGACAUGCCAGGGCAUGGAAUAUACUCACAUGGAAAGUCUCAUACCACUGAAGGAUGAAGCAGAAAAUAAGGCGUUGGAUGAAAGAAGGAACACUGAAUCAUACAGGCUAGCGUUAGAGGAGAAUAGAGAACUGACAGAACAGGUGGUGUUAAAAAAUAAGCAGUUGAAGGAAGUGAUAACAAACUUGAGGACAAUCAUAUGGGAGAUUAACGUUAUGUUGACGAUGCGGCGGUCAUAACUUAGUGUAUUUUAUAGGAAAUUGGUUAAUUUAUAUUAAAUGUAUCUGAAAUUUUAAUAUAGUAUUGGGUUUUGAGUUCUUGUGAAAGAAAUAAAGAAAAAUGUAUUUGUCAGAAUGUAGUUACAAUAGGUGUUUCAUCUCAAUUAAUGUCUCAUACAUUCUACCGAAUCGGUGUACAAAUAUUACACUUAUUUUCUACUUAUAAAUAUAUGCACUAUUCUACAACAAUGUUCUUGCAAGCUUUGUCAUCGAGCAAUUCUUUAGUUGAGUAGUAGGAGUUAAUUAACAGAAACUUAAAUAAUUUUGUUCUGAAUAACGUUGAGUUAAGAUUCAUAAUCACAGCUGGUUUAUAAACCGGACCCUUUUCAGGACUUUUUGGUGCAAUUCUUGUGUCCUGCUGAGUUACAGUAACUAAAAUAACUAAUGAGUUACAGUAGAAGUUUUGAUUGGGGAAAGAUUAAGGUUCCAUUAGUGCAGGGUGUUCCAGUAUCAGUGGCAGAUUAAAUCUAGAGUGCGCCAUAGGCAAGCACUUCAUAAGGUACUUAUAUAUUUUUUCUUGGCGCCGCCGUCACUUUCUGGGCAGUAAAACAUGCGCGUCUGAUGACGCCCUCUGGAACGUGGCGCCUUAAGCACCUAGUUUGUCUUGAGGGUAACACGGCUCUGGGGGCUUACUCUUGAGUCCAAUUCCGAUCGAUCGACAUUGGUAUUGUGAAAUUUUGUACUCUUGAGGUGAAAC